GACACAAUGGGAAAAACUAGUUUGCUUUAUCUGCAAUGCAUUGUUAUUGCUUUAGCAAGUGUGUCUCUAGUAAAAGCAGAAGAUGCAUAUAAGUUCUACACAUGGACGGUGACUUAUGGGACUCUUUCUCCCCUGGGUAGUCCCCAACAGGUUAUUCUUAUCAAUGGUCAGUUUCCCGGCCCUAGACUUGACUUGGUAACUAAUGACAACGUAAUUCUCAACCUCAUAAACAAGCUGGACGAGCCAUUUCUACUCACUUGGAACGGCAUUAAACAAAGGAAGAAUUCAUGGCAAGAUGGAGUUUUGGGAACCAACUGCCCCAUUCCUCCGAACUCAAAUUACACUUACAGGUUUCAGGCCAAGGAUCAGAUUGGCACUUAUACAUACUUUCCAUCAACUAAACUGCAUAAAGCAUCUGGAGGGUUUGGAGGACUCAAUGUUUAUCAUAGAUCUGUCAUCCCAAUCCCUUAUCCAAACCCUGAUGGAGAUUUUACUUUACUCAUUGGUGAUUGGUACAAGACCAACCACAAGACAUUAAGGCAAUCUUUGGAUUCUGGAAAAUCUCUUGCCUUUCCAGAUGGCCUCCUUGUCAAUGGCUGUGUUUUCAAAGGAUAUAGUUCAACAAAGCCCAAAUUCACUUUGCUUUCAGGAAAAACCUAUAUGUUCAGGAUAUCAAAUGUGGGCUUGUCAACCUCAAUUAACUUCAGAAUUCAGGGUCAUACUCUAAAGCUGGUUGAGGUUGAAGGAUCACACACUGUCCAGAACCUAUACGACUCCCUUGAUGUACAUGUUGGGCAAUCAGUUGCUGUGUUAGUAACCUUAAAUCAGCCUCCAAAGGAUUAUUACGUUGUUGCCUCAACAAGAUUUACCAAGACACUUCUCACGACAACUGCAGUGCUACAUUACACAAACUCUCAGUCCCAAGCAUCAGGACCCUUGCCUGUUCCCCCCGCUGACAAUUAUGAUUGGUCUAUGAAGCAAGCUAGAACAUACAGAUGGAAUCUGACAGCAAAUGCUGCUAGGCCUAACCCACAAGGGUCAUUCCAUUAUGGGAAGAUAACUCCUACAAAAAUAAUUAAAUUGGCCAAUUCAGCACCUUUGAUUAAUGGGAAGCUCCGUUAUGCUGUUAACCGGGUCUCUUAUGUUAACCCUGAUACCCCUCUGAAGCUUGCUGAUAACUUCAACAUUCCCGGAAUCUUCAGUAUGAAUUCACUUCAAAGCGCUCCCUCUGAGGGUCCCGCAUAUAUAGCUACCUCAGUAUUGCCAACUUCUCUCCAUGAUUUUAUUGAGGUUGUUUUCCAGAACAAUGAAAACACCAUGCAAUCUUGGCAUCUUGAUGGUUAUGAUUUUUGGGUUGUUGGUUAUGGUUUCGGCCAGUGGACAGAUGCCAGUAGAAGUACCUAUAAUCUAGUGGAUGCCCUGACUAGACACACUGCACAGGUGUAUCCAAACUCGUGGACUACAAUAUUGGUGUCCUUGGAUAACCAAGGUAUGUGGAACCUGAGGUCUGCAAUAUGGGAAAGGCAAUAUCUUGGUCAACAGUUCUAUCUCAGGGUGUGGAAUGCACAGCAAAACCUUGCUAAUGAAUAUGACAUUCCCAAUAAUGCCCUGCUUUGCGGCAAAGCUGUUGGACAUCACCCUUAGUAUCAAC